AUGGAUCUGCCGGGAACGUCGAACGAUCUCGUUCUACCUCUCUCCGCCUACUAUUCGGCGCCGACCUCCCCUCCGAUGACAUCGCCACCAAUUUCACUUCUACCGACACUCACUGCUCUCUACCCCCACCUCCUUCAACUGCCAAACUUCAAAACAUCGGAUCACCUUAUUAAAUCAGACAUGAGCGCUUUCAAGUUGGUUCUUUAAACUGUUCGAGAAAUACAUAGAAUAGAAAUGAGCAUUUUUUCCAGAGCUUCAAAAUCAUAAUAUUUAUUUUUCAGAGAAGUGAACGAUCUUCGAACGACAGUCAACAUGAUACUGCCAAUGCUACCUUUGUACCCGCCGCUAACAAACCAAUUAGGGUCGGGAUUUGCCACGCAGCCUGUGACCUUACAAACUGUUUUACAACAAAGUCUGUUGCGCAACAAGCGGCCUGCAGCUCAAACACCAACCGUUCCACAGCCAGAGUGCCCGGUUUCAAUGCGGACAGUUCUUAACAAUCGUGAGUUUGAUUCAUUCCCCUGGUGCACCCCUCUGUCUUUUAUUAUCAUGAGUCUUAUCGUUGGCGCCGCGCUGGUCCUUUUCCGAUUGAAACAAUUCGGCGGCGGCGCUAUCUUUCUCUUCUCUUGGAAUGUUCCUCGGAGUGUUCUAGGCCCGUGGCACCGACCACGCAAUCUUUACAUUAUUAGUGGUUUCGAAGUGCGUCGAGUGACAGCAGUUGAUAUGUUGAUAAGACUUUGGAGCAGUAGAAGAGCACAUAGGCAGGAACACUGACGGCACUUCUGUGUCGAUGGUGAGCUAGCUUGAGAUAGGGCGCGAGUCCGUGAGGUGUGCACGUUUCACUCGCAAAGACCAACUGUUGACCUGAUGAAAAAGAGUGAGAAGGAGCUGGUGGACGGAUAGAAAUAGAAUAGGAAAGCGCCACUUGUUUCGAGCAUGCAAAAGAUACAUCCAUUAUCCGAUCGGAAGUGUAAAUCUUCCAGCCUCCUUUUUGCUGAACCAAUGGAUGUUCUCGCCGUCGAUGAAAGUCGCUUCCCCGACGCUGCCGACAGGAAAUUUGCCGGCGGCAGUUGGCGAGACACAAGUUGCAAGCGUAGAAGACCCCCAGGUCAAAUGGAGCAGCCCAUCCAGCGUGGAUAGUAACGGACAGAAGACUGACAGUUCUGCAGGUGAGUGAGAAAUACAGAUUGAUGCGAUCUGCAGCGGCGGCGGCGAACAUUCGAGACGGAGAGCGAAUGCACUAAUAUGAUAGUGCACGAUCGCGGCGCGAACUCUGCAAAACCGGCGACGAAUUGUACUCUGAUCGUGAAUCGCGGCGCUAUCUCACGUGAUCUGGGAACUCGAAAUUUCUGUCAAUCGACCGCUGGCACUGCUACUUUCGACAGAUAGUAAUUAAUAACAGAAGCGGAGGAAUGACACCGGUAGUGCCCUUUCUCAUCUAUCUAUCCCUUUCCGAUGGUUUGCAAAAUAGAACAGAACAGAACAUUUUGAAGAGGAGAGAAAUUGAUAAGUUCCGAUAUCUCUCCGCUUUUUUUUCUUCUCAUUUUCGUUACAUUCAUUCCAGUCCGUCGUUCAAGAAUGGGGGCGGCUAUCCAUCAUUAGAAUGUGAUUCAGAUAUGGAGGCCGAAGCAGUCACGCGCCAUGCACUUCUAUGUGAAUAACUAGCAAUUUCAAUAAAAGAGAGCGCGCAAGAAUUCAUUAUCCGGUGCCGGCUCGUUCCAGCAAGCACGACGCCCUCGAAUGCACGCGCGCGUUGGCAUUCUGUUCUCUCGUGCCCGCUAUUUCCGCUGCUUCAGGAAGCAGUGUGAUUCGAUUAGAGUGUACAUGGCGCGGCUGCUGCUGAAAAAGUGCAAAACGCGGACACCGCUCGCAGCUCGCAAAGUUUGGCCGGCCGGCGGUCGUUACGAAAAGAUCAACAGAGUUCAGAACGGGGGGGACCCAAACUUCCGCCAGAUGCGCGCCAAUCUCGUGAUGCACUUUUCAUGUUCCUCUACUUUGCAGCAUCCGCCGGUGAGACACAGAACAUCGAUAUCAUCGGCGACGGCAGCGAAUCACCGACCUCCUCGACACACAGCACACAGGUAAAGAGGAAACGAGCGGAGUUGGCACACUUCCAACAAAAUUUUUUCGGCCGUUCUAUUUACACUGCAAUCAGAGCAGAGCAGCCAAGAGUUUGUUUGCGCAGUUGAAUUUUCGUCACUUCUUUUUCACUCGGAGCGCUUUGUUCCAAACACACAGUCCAGCGUAUGUGAGAUUGAACGCUACGCUCUGCCGCCCGACGCCACAGACAAUUUUCUUUUUUGUUGUUUGAUCAUACGUAGUCAAGUAGCGGCAGCGAGCUCGGCAGAAAAAGAGGGGUUGAAAUUGAAAGUUUGAUUUCGCUUGAGUCAUAAAACGCAAGACGCACUGAUAAGAAGAACGACGACGUAUUCUUUAGCGCGUGCGCCAAAAAGAAUACGGUCACAAUAUGACGCAACAUAAAAUUCAAUUGUAUAACUGACAUUUUAGGAAAUCUCAAUGAUCCACCCAACACUGGCCAAUGUCCUAAAGGAGUCGAACUUCCUCUUCAACACAUCCCCGUUGAAUGAGUCAGCUCCAAUCAGAAUAAUUCCGCCAUCCAAUGGAGUCAACGGAAAAGCCGGAGUUGGAGGACCUGACAGGAAGCCAAGGGUAAACAGUUUUUGACAUCAAACGGCUCAUUGACCAUUAUAAUUUAGAAACCAGUGAAUGACGACAUUGUCAAGAUUGUUCGCAACCAAGAUCUGAGUGAGAAGAACAUUGCCACUUUCGAAAUUCCAGUUCCAAAAGCUAUUGAAUCAGAUCCAGGUAUUAAGAUUGAUCUGAUGGAGCAACCUUCACUUUAUUCUUUCCAGCUUUCCGACCAGUAUCCGAGGCACAGAUCAUUCAGCAGAUCAUUCAAGGAAAGAAGUACGAGGAGAUGGAAGUUGGAGAGUGCAUGAUUCAACUGUGCAAAAAGCUGGCUGAGAAAAGAGUCUUCGGACCACGGCUCAUGUCCCAGACCACUGUCGCCGGACUCAACCACUCCAACUACUCGAACCUUCCAAUCAAGGGAAUCUGCUACAUUCAACGUACGACGAUCAUCAAUCAGACUUAUGACAACAUGUUUUUUCUUUUCAGAUGUCUGCAGAAAAGUUCUACGAGACAAGUUCGAGCACGAGGAAGAUUUCUGGGAUAAGUUCCGGGAGGCAAUGCGCAAGCUAGCUGCCCGUUGCCGCAGAGUUCGACACGCCAAGAAGACGAAGCAUAACAGGGAAGAAGCUCAGGCGGAGAUGUUGAGCAAACGGUACUUGUAACAGUCGAAAUUUAUAUGCUUAUCUUUGUAGUUUCAGCUAUGGAGAGGAUAUUUUCAUUGGUCAGAACGGAUUGAUCCGGCCAAAGCUCGAGCCUUCAGAGUCGGUCACUCCAACCAGUGAUGUCAACAGCUUGAAUCUCGGACAGCUGAGCACUCUCAUCACUCAACUUCAGGUGGGAAAUAGUUGAUAAUGAAACCAAUGAAGUUAUCGUUUCCAGAGAUUUCAGCGAAAAUCGCCGAUUGACAUCGAAGCUGGCAUGCAGCCGCACGAGAUGAAUACGCUGACCAAUUUCAUGAACUUUCUCUCCCGCCAGAACAAAUCAGCAUCGCCUCCACCAUCCCAGUAA